UUACUCUACUUUUCCUCAUAUGCACCACUGCUUGUUAUUGUUGUUAGAUGUGUUUCACAAUAUUUCUGUAUGUUCGUGUGUCUGUAUAAUAACUGCGCUUCGUUCAGUUGUUAGCGACUUUUGGGGCGAACUAGUCAACAAUGAAAGUAUUUAAAUGGGAGUAAAUAUGCCCGCGCGCUCAAAUUACUCUCUCCAAGCCCACCAACUAACCAACAAAGCAUACAGAUGAUGGUAUGUGUGUGUGUAGUAGGUACAUGCAGGCCAACAACAGCCCAUCGCUGCUACCAGUUGGGGAGUUGUUUCGUUGAUUGUCAUUGUUUGGUCGUUUGGGUUACGGCGCGGUGUGCUUCGUUGAGUUUAGUUGCUCGUAACGGUUCUUUGCGUAUAGACGUGUUUUCUGAAUUUGGACUUAGAACAAAGUAGGCAAGUGUUUGAUUGUUUUUUGCCCUGUUUCGUGUUGAAUAGUGAUAGUGAAGGUGCAUGAAUGAAUCGUGGUCGUGCGUGUGCUGGUUGAAGGGGAAGGAAAAGGAGGAAAAGAAUGAGUGUGGCGUAAAGUUUGCAAAGCUGUUAAUAGUAAAGCAGCCAACUGGUGUGAGAUUUAAGAGACAUUUAUUAGAGGAAACAAUAUUAGACAAAGGAAAUAAUUAUUUAUUUUUUUUUUCAAUUAAAUGCAAAUAUUUCAAUAAACCUACUGAAUAUGUGCGCCCAAGUGAAUCAUAAGCAAAUGAAGCGAAGAAAUCAUUCGAAGGAGCUCAAAAGGGCAACAUAAAAAAGUAUAAAUUUAGCAAUAAAUUAAUUCUGUGUGCAAUUAAAAAAAAAAUUGUAGUGCAAAAAGUGUCGUAAAAUUCCAACCACUUGCAGACGAGCUCAACACUUCAGUACUUCAGCAACAAAAUAAACAUCGACAAAAACUCUACUGUCAACAAGUCAACAACAAACGAAACCAACGAAAUGCCAGCUGCCAUGCGCAGCAAACACAAACGAGCCACACCGCCCAACCCACAACACAAUGCGCGCCCACCAGGAUUGGCAAUCGCACGCCGACGACUGCAAGCAACACUGCAACUGCCUCCUAGCUGCCUGCACCGCGCACUCACAUUCCUCAUUGUCGCACUCUGUUGGGCAGGGCCGGCGCCAACCUUAGCACAAUUGCAAGGCAACACAAUUCUUGGCAGCACCGGCGGCGGCGGUGGUGGUGACAGCAGCGAAAUCGAAUUCGCCAGUCUGGAUGGCGCCGGCACCCAACUACUCGCUCCAAUGCUGUCGGAGGCGAGCAAUGUGGCGCCACAACCACCAUUAGAGGUGGUAGAAUUUGUGGAACCUGCGCCAGCGCAACCAGUGAUGUCAUCGGCACCGUCAUCGUCAUCAGCACAUAGCUACACUGAGUUGCAGGGUGGUGAAAUCACCGGCGAGCGAACGUUGCGUUACAGUGAAAGUCCUUUUGUUGUGCGCCAACACAUUGAGGUGGCCAAGGGUGCCCGGUUGAUCAUAGAGCCGGGUGUGCGUAUGGAAUUCGCACCGACUGUGGGCAUAACUGUGCGCGGCAUAUUACAAGCGGUGGGCACCCCCACAUCGCGCAUCACUUUAACAGCGGAGGGCCAAUCAAUAGCUAUCAAGGGAAUAGAUAUUCUGGAUGCGGAAGUGCGUGGCGCGCGUUUAGUCGAUGGACCCACGCCUUUAGAGGGUCGUUUGCAGAUUUAUCACAAAGGCACGUGGCGCGAUGUCUGCACUAAUUCCAGAAAUUGGACGCUCGUGGACUAUGCCGUCGCUUGUCGCCAAAUGGGCUAUGCUGGUGGCCACUUUUGGAAUUGGGUCGAACGCACACCGGGCUACCAUCCACGCCUACUCUACGAGCAGCCGCGCUGCAAAGGUAGCGAGAACACACUAUGGGCUUGCGCUUGGUCGUCGCGUCAACUUGGCUCCGGCGUGUGUGACUACCACAACGAUAUCGGCAUACAAUGCCGGCCCGUGCACAACACACCGCUCAGCCAUUGGCGUGGACUCUACUUCGAGAAUGCACCGGCCACCAAGACGCUUGGUAAUAAUAAUAUUGUCUAUACAGCGCUGUCACAGUCCACCCUCCGCUAUGUGGACAUUACUUAUGCAGGUGUUGGGCGUGACUUUAGCGUCAAUUCCGCUGUGGAGGCGAUCGGUCUGCCGCCCGUCAUGCAACAUGUUGUAGUUAGCCAUUCGGCCUACACCGGCUUCAAUGCGACCUUGCCGCUUGGUGGCUUCGUCAUGCAGAACGUAACUGUGCGGAAAAAUAAUGGCAUUGGUGUGUUCGUGAACUCCAGCCAAGGUAUGGUGCAAUUGGACGGUUGCAAUAUUGUGCAGAAUGUAGCGGAUGGCGUCAAGUAUGUGGGGCAUGAUUUGCGCGCCAAUGAACGCAUGGAUCGCGCAUCUAUCUAUGACUUUUGCACGCUGCCCACAACUUCCGGACAAACCUACCCCAUUACGCUGUCAUUCACGCAAAAAUACUACGCCGGCUCAGAGAAGGUGUGCGGCAAAUACUUCUUCACGCGUCCAGGCUACCUCCUCACUGUGCACUUCGAAUCGUUCAUGUUGCGCAAUAAUGAGACGGCGUCGGUGGAGAUCUUCGACGGCACAUCGGAAAGCGAUCGCAUGCUGUUCGCUUGGAAAGCACGCAACUACACGCGUCCGCAGAGUGUUACCAGCAAUCGUGAGAAACUCUUCAUACGCAUACAGGCGGAUGCGCGCCAAGAAGUGAAUGGCUUUUUACGGCUCACUUCGGGAGAUACGCGCGCGUACGACUUGCGCGUUGCGAACUCUGUGGUGGAGGAUAAUGGUGGGCGUGGCAUCGCAAUCGACAACAUACGCUCCAAGCUGCAUGUGCACGGCAGCUUCGUCUCGGGCAAUGGGCAUGUGUCGGGCGUGCAUGUGACCAGCGGCGCGGGCGAUGUGAACAUUACGAGCAGCAACAUCACAUUCAAUCAGGGUGGAGGCGUCAACAUCACUUACUAUGGCGGCAAUCGUAAUAUAUCGCGUAGCACCAUACAAGCGAAUAAAGGCUAUGGUGUUGCGGUGUGGCUGAAUGAUACCACCGCGCCAGAUCGCGUCGAAUACAUACCCUUCAACCAGACCACGACUCUAGAAUACUCAAAAAUUGGCGGCAACUUAGAAACGGGCUUCUUUCACGGCAAUUGUUGUCAACCGAUUUGGGUGAAUAUCACCGGCAACAGCUUCAAUGGCAGUCUGUACAAUGAUGUGUUCGUGGAAUCCUGCUGGCGGUUCACGCCCAACAAAGAGCCGAAUAUGCAACUGCAAAUUGGGCACAACACUUUUGACUACAGCCAGAAAAAUUCAAUAUUUCUCAGUCCGGCGCUCAAUUUGCAAGGCAAAAUUGAGUUCAACCACUUUCGUCUGGGCACUUACGGCGCGAUAUACAUACGCAACGACUACAUCUUUCAGGAGUUUAAUUUCAUGCCGGUGCGCCUGUUGAUACAGAGUAACUUCUUUCGACGUAACAGCGGCGUUUAUGUCGUCUCGCUGGGACUCUCACCCUACAGCACACGCGAGUUGCAGUCGCUGCUUUUCACGCGCAAUUUUGUGCGCGACAACAAGAUCGCCGAACCCUUCGGGCCGCUGAUAGAGGGUAGUGAAGGCAGUGAUGGCUCAGGUCGACUCAAUCCACGCAGUCGUGUGGCCGCCGCUGUGGUGGUGGCCUCAAGCAAUGUGGACAUCUACCGCAACAUACUGCACAACUUGGACUCGGCCUAUGAAGUGGGUUCGCAGCUGAGCGAUCAGAGUCAGAUAAUCAAUGCCACUUACAAUUGGUUGGGUCACUCGGAUGAGAACAAGAUUUUCGCGCGUCUCUUCCAUCGCAACAAUCGCUACAAUCUGGCCAAGAUACAGUAUAUACCCUAUCUGUUGCACAGCUCGAACCCUGGCUCCACGACAAUGAUUACCAUGUCCACGCUGGUGCCGCGUUUCUCGCAAGAGGGCUCCGAUCUGAUUGGCGGCGAAAUUGAUGGUCAAGAAAUACUCUACCCCGGCACUUACCGUGUCACAAAGGAUAUCAACAUACGCCCGGGUGGCAAGCUCACGCUACAACCAGGCGUCACCCUCAAAUUUGAGCCCAGCGUAGGCAUGAUGGUUGCCGGCAAGUUAGAGGCGCGCGGUCGUCGGCCAGAUGACAUAUUCUUUACGCUGAAGCGUGAAACUGUCAUUGCCAUGGAUAAUUCCACGGACGUAGAGCAGCUUGAUGUCGACAUUAUUGAUAUCGAGACGGAGUCGAUAAUAGAGAAAAAUGAGCCGCCUCGUGUGCCGGUGCGACUCGUUGGUGGUGCUGGCGAUUACGAGGGCCGGCUGCAGGUCUACUUGGAUGGCCGCUGGGGCACAGUUUGUGACUAUGGUUGGACGGUGCUGAAUGCAGCGCUUGUGUGCCACCAUCUCGGUUAUACGCUGAACCCACGCGACUGGCGUCUGCAUCGCUCACAAAUGCCCACUGUAGGCGUAACAGAGGAUGUGAUUGUUUCGAAUGUGCGUUGCACCGAGCACGAUCUCGACAUUACCAAGUGUCAUGCGGAGUAUUUGACGCGUGGUGAGUUCGAGAAUUCAUGUACACAUGAAAAUGAUGUGGGCAUGCGUUGUUAUGAGGGCGCGUGGGCGGGUGUGCGUUUUAGCAUGCUGGCCGAGCGCGCAGAUCUGCAGUAUUUGACCAUUGAGAAGGCGGGUCUCUUCGACUACACCACAAACGUCUUUAAGCCGGCCAUACAAAUGGAUUUUGCGCGUCACAAUCUCGAGAACGUGCGCGUAGUGGAUAACCUGCAAGAUGGUUUGGGUGUUAUCUACGCAGACAUCUACGGCGGCAAGUCGGUGAAUAAUAUCAAAAACUGUGAAUUUGUAAGCAAUCGUGGCAAUGGCAUCAGCUUGAAGCAGUUGGAUUUGCGCAUACAGGGCUCUAUAAUAAAGAACAAUCGCGAUAGUGGCAUCUUUCAUGACCCCGUCAUUUCAGCGAUCGAACAGAACGAGCUCGGCGGCUGGUUCAAAAUGGCUGUUGAUUUCAAUUACUUCGAAGCCGACUAUGAUCCUUAUGUAUUGCCGCGAGAUGAGGGACAGAUCGACUUGGACACUUGGCAAAAUAAGUACAUACGCACCGAGCCUGUGCGCGGUGAGUCGAUCACGCGCAAGAUAGUUGUGCGUUGCCCAGCUGGCUAUGUGCUCGGCAUACAACUGCUGAAUCCCAUACAAAACCUUUCCACAGAACACAUUUCCAUACUCGACUCGCAAACAGAGAAUAAGCGCUCCGCUUUGUGGCUGCUCAAUCGCGAUAUAAAUGUAUUUCCCACGACGAGCAGCAGCUACGGCAUCAUCAUCUACUAUGAGAGUGGCGCUAAUGCUCUAGGCGGCACCGUAUUGCGUUUAUCGACCGUGACUGCACCAGUACAAAAUAUACGCAAUAAAGUAGUUAGUGGUCCUGUGCCCACGCUCAGCAUACGCUCGACCAAGAUACAGAAGAACUUUCGCGGUAUUUCGGCCUACUACUACAACCGCUAUGUAGGCGAUAACGGCGAGUACUAUUUGCGCAAGGCGAAUGAGUCCAUCAAGAUUGUGAAUUCGGAGAUCAGCUCGAACUUUCGCGAGGCUCUGCUGGUGAAGUCACCCUAUUGGGAUGUGCAGUACAGCAACAUUUCUGAGGUCACCAUACAUGUGAAUAGCUCGAUGAUUACACAAAAUGGUCAUGGCAUUAGGCAGCUCUCGAAGGACUUGCGCUCUUCAAACAAUCUCUUCCACUAUGUAGUGCAGGACACUACUGUUGAGGACAAUGCAUCCGGUGGCUUCCAGGUUGAGCUGCCUUACGUUUGGCAAUACAACGAGAACUUUACACACAGCGUCUACUUCGCCAACAGCACUUGGCAGCGAAAUCGCAACUUCUUCGUCGAUGUCACCGGUCACUACACAGUUUUCAAUAUAACGUCCAAUGUGUUCUUAAGCAACCAGUGUCCGCGCAGCCUGAUUACACUCGGCGGCAUGGAGAAGCGCAUCAAGUUUGAUUACAAUCGCAUAGAAAGUAAUAACGCAAAGUUCAUCGUAGAGCUGCGCGCUGACAGCUUGAGCGAGAUACUUGGUGAGGUACCCGCAAUAAUCGCCUACAAUACGAUUAAGGGCAACAGCAUCGACACUAUGGCGGGAAAUCUGCGUAAUGCACCCAUGCGCAGAUACAAACCACGUAAAGUACGUCCACAGAAUCGUCUGCCCAGUGCUGUUGUGCGUUUGGAUGGCAUACAAAAUGUGAAACUUUAUCGCAACUUAAUUGCGGAGAAUCAAAUGGACUACAAUUUGGUGGCGGGUGUGCGCUCUGCACGUUUAAAUAACUACUUUUACGCAACGGAGAACUGGUGGGGAUCGAAGGACGCCAAGUAUAUUGAGUCGAAGAUAUUCGAUUUCGAUACUUGGAAUGAUCAUGCGGACGUCAUUUAUCAGCCCUUCCUCAUUGAGGACAGUUUCGAUGCGAGCGUCUCGCUGAUCGAUGAACAUGACGAGACUAUCGACCUCAGCAGUUGGUCGGGAGGACGCAUUUACAAAGAUCUCACGCUACGCAAGCGUCCUGAGCCAUAUCGCAUACUCGCCGACAUCACUGUAAUGCCGGGUGUCACACUCUCGAUACAACAUGGCGUGCAGAUCGAGUUCGAGCCAAAUGUGGGCAUUCUUGUGUUGGGCACUCUAAGCGCCAUCGGCUAUCGUGAGUCGGAAAUUGUAAUGCGCCCAUUCUUUAAUGGCUCGCAUGAGUCGUAUACAUUGCUCACAAAGCGCGCUGUGGAGGAUCUGAGUCAGUCGCAGGCAUACGAUUCUAUUCGACUUUGCACUAACGCACAGAACUGCACCGUGAGUCCGCAACUCUCAUUUGACAGCAUCAACGAAGGCUUUCUCGAGUACUUCAACCACACCACCUUGCAAUGGGUGCCCAUUUGUGAUAGCCGUUUCACCGAACGGAAUGCGCAAGUUGUGUGCCGUGAGCUCGGUUUUGAUCCGCUCAAUGUGUAUUAUGGACAUGAUCGCCGCAUUGAGUACCACACUAAUUCGUUGACGCGCAUUUGGACGUGGGUGCAACCGCUCGAGUGUCGUGGUGAUGAGUUGCGCAUGGAGGAUUGCGCAGAACGCUUGAAUGGACAAGUUUAUGGACGUAGGCAUGAAUGCCGUUGGGACGAUGUGUUUGUGUUUGUGAGCUGCAACAGCGCGCCGGAGGAUCAGGUGUACUGGGGUGGCAUACGCUUCGCCAACUCGGACUUUGAGGAGAAUCAAUACGGGCAUCGUUUCCACGAUAGUCUUUCCCAUGGACCUAUCGGCAAUCGGGAGAGUCAUUUGGAGUUUAUACGUAUUGAAAAUGCUGGCAUUCUGCACAAUCAGAAAUCGGCUGCCAUACAAGCGAUACACAAGAGUCCAACCAUACGUUCGGUGACGCUCGUCAAUUCUGCGCAUCAUGGCGUCAAUUAUAUAGCACCGAGUGGCACAAUGAAUCUAAAUUUGCUGAAUGUUAGUAGCGCCUUUGGAGCGGGCAUCAAUAUACUCUCGUUGACCGGAGAGGGUCGCGAAAGUGAUGAGUCUAGUUUUACGCCACUCAAAGACUUGGACAUACCAUACAAACUCUUUUCGUUGGUUGACAUUUGCGAUCCCCAGAAAGUGCUAACCGUGGAGGAACGGCUGCUGGUCUACUACAAGUACGACAAUAAUCCCGUCAAUUGCGUCAAGAUAUUCACUUCACUGUAUCGCGCCAAACCGAUCGGUUUCCGUUUGCUGCAAUCGAACUUGUUCAAUCAUUCGAAGGAGUAUGGACGCACGGAUGUGAUACGUCUCUUCGAUGGCGACAUCUACAAUGUAACCUCACGUUUCUUGGGCAAAAUUGAAUGGGAUAGCGGCAAUCAGCGAAAGUUUUUCAAGACUGAGAGUCCAACGCUGAGUCUGCAAUUGAUGGCAAGUGGCGCGCCAGAAUAUCAUGGCUUCAUAGCGGAAAUCGUAACGGUGCCCAUAUCGACUUUGGGACAAUUUCGCGAUGCUCUGCACAACGUCACUUACUCACACAUUUCAGGCGCUGUGAAAGGUGCGAUCACUUAUGCAUCCGCUGGUGAGGUCACGCCCACACUCACACUCACCUCCAACCGCAUAGAGCGUAAUUGCCAACAGUUGUAUGGAAAUUUCUCCACCUGCAAGUCGGCGCUCAGCAUCGAUGUGCAAAAUAUGCAUUCGCUUUACUUUAUGAAUAACUUAAUCAAGGACAAUCAGGGCGGUCUUAGGAUACGUGCCGACUCACGCGGCUCAGCCACCUCACUACGCGGUUUCAUACAUCACAAUUUAUUCUUCCGCAAUCGCAAUCGUCCCGCAUUGUACGUGGAGGGUCGUCAGUCGUCUCCGUAUCAAGAGAUUGAGUUGUAUCGCAAUUACUUCGCGCAGAACAAAGCUGGCUUCGAAGAUGUCAUCAAGCUACGUCAAGUGGUCUCCAAUUUCAGUUACAAUUUCGUGCACAGCAAUGUGGGUGGCCGGAUUGUGGAGAUAUCGGGCUUUGAGAAAGUGCGUUUGCCCAUCUAUCAGACGACCUCGCAUAAUGGAUUUUACAGCAACGUCGCUACAAAUUGGAUGGGUCGCGCCACGGUUGUCGCCGGUACAGCGGGCCAGCAGUAUGUGGACAAUAUAUUUGAGAAUCCCGAAAACGAUUACGAAAUGAUAACGGUGAACAACUCAAUUUUGAAUGUUGAUUAUGUGAUCAAUAGCACCAUUGAACUCUGGCGCUCAAAGAUCGAUGCUAGACACAACUAUUGGAGCUACAACAACACAAUAUCGGUGCAGUCUCGCAUACGCGAUAAAUCAGACGAUCCUCUCUUACUCGAAGUGCAGGCGUUGCCAUUCCAAAUGAACAACCUCACCAUACUCGACGGCAAAUGUCCACCUGGUUGGGCGCUGGUGCAUGACACCUGCUUUAUUUAUGUGGGCGCGCCUUUGACCUUCCAUGAGGCGCGCGCUUUCUGUCGCAGCGAGAACUCCACGAUGCCUUUCAUACGCACGGACAGCACAACUUUGUGGAGGUAUUUGCAGGGUCAAAUGCGGCACUUGAAAUAUCCGGAGAAGGUGUGGAUACAAGACUUCAAUUACAUCGAUCGGUGCACGAGCUUUGCCUUCACCACCACUGAAGUGGAGGAUUGCAACAAUGAGAUGGGUUUCAUUUGUGAAACUGAUCCAAGGGUCAUUAUCGAUCCACUAUCUUGGCGCGCUGACAUUUUCGCGAUCAGCAUAAUUUCGGCCUUUAUUUUGGCCAUCAUUUUGCUGAUUAUGGUCGCCUUUUGUUGGUAUGCCAAAUCGAAGCAUCGACAAGUGCAACGCUUGGAGCGCAGAAAUAGUAUACGACAGAGCUUGAGAAGCUUGAAUAGCAUCGAUCAGCAGGGAUCGUUGCGUCGUCGAAACUUUAAUAUGUCCACGUCGACUGGCACGCUCUCUAAACCGCUGGGUCAAGACUACAAAAUGAUGGGCAACGGCUCAAUCGACUCCAUGGACAAAAGCGUGCUCAGCUCGGACGGCAGCUUUGAGGGUUACGACAAUCAAACCGCGCAUCCCGGUGAAUAUCAGAAACCGAAUUACAACGAAUAUGUUAGUCAGCAUGCGCUCAAAGGCGUCAAUGGGACUAGCAAAGCGAAUGAACCAUACAAAAUUGCCACAAUCGGCUCCGUCUCAAAAGCGUCCACAGCACGCGGCCGCACUGCACGACUGCCAGACACAUUCGAGCUCUCCUACCGCAAUGAAGGUUUCCGCGACAACUCGACCUACGCCAGCACGCUCAACAAUUCGGUGGCCACGAGCAUUGCCGAAGAUACGCCCAUCAUACACCAGACAGAUGUCGAGGACGUGAACUCGGAUUACUAUGGCAACGCAAGCACUUUACCGCUACACAGUGGCGGUGGCAAUGAGAGUCUCUCAUUCCUGCAUGAAUUGAAACAAAAUCUACCACCACCCGCCUACAAUAAGCCGCAUGGACAAAGUCACAGCAGUUUCCUGCCAAGUGGUAGUGGUGGCAACGCCGCUACUGGCAAUGGGAAGGUGCGUCCCACCAGCAGUUCACAAUUAAGCAAUGACUCGCAUUCGAGUACACUGCCGUAUGAGCAGAAAAUCGAUAAUAUCAACUUUACGCCUGUAUCACAAAAGGCUGAAGAAAUGCCGCUAUUCCGCCAUGAAGCAGCAGCUGCUGCAGGCAGCGGCCUACCAACGCCGCCACCCGAUAUGCGACGCCCCGAUUCCUAUUACACUGCGGUGCGUAGCAGUAAGGCGCAGCCGCAAUUGGCGCGUAUGGCAGCGCCACCGCCUGCAAUAAAGGCGGGCGUGUCUGCAUCUAAAAAGCCGGGUCAGUCGAAGCCUGGGUCGACUGGGUUGCCCCAAAUCCACAGCCAGAAUGGCAAACGUCCAAAGACUGUUUAUCAAACUGCCAGUCCCGAACCGACGGCAUACCAUCGCUCCAGAUCGGAGGCACUGCUAGAGACGGAUUUUGAUGAUGAAUCGCCGAGCAUGGUGCCGCUUAGCACGAAUAAUCGUAGCUAUAGCCAGCCGUUGGAGACGGCGAUGUAGAGGCGAGAUGUGAAUCGAACGAAGAUAUGAAGAAGAAGAUAUGAAGAAGAAAACGAAGUUAAUGAAGUACCGUAUAAAGACACCCACAUGCAAAAUAAAAUAUAUCAUCACAAGCAUCACACAUUACACCUCUUUUUUACCGUUACAAUUAACAUUACAAAAUACGAGUACAUGUAUUGCCUAAUUUAAGCGCUUGAGAAAACAAACUAAAUAAUAAUUUUUGUAGCAUAGAAACCAAGUUAAGUACUUUCGAUCUACGAUCAACGAUUCUGUAUGCCUUAAAGCUACUAUAGCUAGCCGAAUGUUUAGCGAGUAAAUAAAAUAAGUAUUUAAUUAAUAAAAUAAAAAUUAAUAUAUAUUAAAAUAAAAGUCGCGCUUUUGCUUAAGGAGAUUAAAAAAUACAAGUAAAAAACCGAAGCUAUACAAAUAAAAAAUAAGAAAACGUAUUAAUCGGAAAAUCGUUUCAGUUCUUAAGUAAUCAAUCGAUCCAUCCAUUAGCCGUAAGUUGUCAUACUAUAAGAUCGCAUAACUGUACAUUCAAUUAUAGAGUUUCAUGUACAUAAAUGUAAUUAUAAUAAAUCUACAAAUAAUUCCAAGUGUUCAAUGCUAAAUCUGCAUAUGUAUGUGUGUGCUUAGAUAUUGAUUUUUAUUAAUUACU